CCACAUCAUAUUCCGCGCUUUGCUGUUUUUUUAAUUCUUAAAUUUCACCUUUGAAUGGACUGUUUAUGUUGGCAGCUCGUGCUUGUGCUACAAGUAGCAACUAUCAAUUUCGGGAUGGUCCUCCAUGCUGGAACCCCUCGGGGGACUUUUUUUUCCUUCCUCAAACGCAAUUUCCCACAGCCCACUUUCCUUGUUUUAGUUGUGAACAUUGUGAACAAUUCGAACCCCCCCGUGGCGUCGUGAGCAGAAAAGAAAAAGAAGGGGAAGAUUGAGCAAGUCGAACUGAUAAACGCAUGAGCUCUCCUGAGAAAACUAUAAUAAGCCAGCCAGGCGGCUGACCGGCGGGGGCGGUGCAGCAUCUACGAUCACUACCACGGAUCGGGAUUGUGCAUUGUCACACUCAGUAUCGGUACUAGCAGUGGCCGUGAUGAUCGGUUAAUUAAUUAAUCCUUUGUUUGUUGAUUCAUCCACUCACCGAAUACUGGCACACAUGCUAGCCACCGCAACGGCGACAUUUGUACCCGCAAGGCUGGGGAUUCUCGAAGCCCUUGACGGCGAUAUAAAUAAACGGGGAGGUUCGGGUUGGUUUACCGUAUGCAUAUCAUACCGGUAGGAUAAUUCUUCAUAGCCCCGUUCCAAGGAAGGGAUGCAUGGGUUGGAAGGACAGGAACGGGAGAGAAGGGGUCAGGGGAGUUGCAACUGAGGCAUUCAGCCCCUGGGUCGAGAAAUAAACGUUUAUGCAAGCAGGGUAUUUCGGGUUUAAGCUCAUUUUUGCGUGCAAAUCUGGCAGAUGCGCGACUCUUGGCACCGAAAAAGGCUUUUUCGAUCUCGUGCUGAAUGCCUCUACGAAGGUACAGCCCAUAAGUUUUGUACGUUCCACAGGGGCUGACGGCAGCGAGCCUCGCUUGUGGAACCUACAAAACUUAUGGGCUGUACCUCCGUACAGUAAUGAUCAGCCAACGUCGUCCACCGUAGCCGGUUGUGGGGGGGGGACCAUUGUUUGAGCUUGGGGUUAGAGAAGGAGAUGGGAUACAGCAGCCAUUACGAGUAUGAUACCAGCACACCAGAGCACCCGUACAAUACGGUACUCGAGUGCCCGCACAGUACCCGGGUAUCAAGGGCAGGUCCGCCAAACUCCCCGGUUGGCCCAGUGGGCACUCGGCCACUCGGAAGACAAGAUUCUCUCUACAAGUAGCUGCUGGGCAAGAGUUCGAUCGAUCAGAAUCUAUUCGGCAUCCAAUUCUACCAAGAGUUGGACAGACUUUUUCCUUCACCAAAAAUUAACAUAGAUAGAUUGGCCAAACAGCUCCAGAAUGGAGAAAAACACAGUUACACUCAUAAUAAUUUCAACGAAUCGGCCAAUGUUCGACAGACCUACCGUAUGCUCACACCCUAAGUACCCGUACCACAAGCGGUAAACAGCAAACCUCCUCACUCACAGCUCCGGGCAUUAUUGGCGAUGGUGUAGAGUUCUCAGACAAGCAAUACCGUGGAGAGCUGUGGUACCGUGCAAGCAGCGCUUACUGUAGUAUGAUGGAUACUUGUGCUCGUACUGGUACGGUACAGUACUCGUACAGUACAGCGGGGCAAAACAUCCCAAUCUCCCGCUUGGAAGCACCGCUGCCACACAAGGCCUUCCGGGAACCCAACCAUAAUUUGCCUUCAAUCAAACCGACCCAGUGUGCAUCUGCUCGCACACACACACACGCACGCCUCAUUUGCUGGUUCAUCCAUUCCCUCCCUUCUCAGGGGGCGCUAGGAUGGUACCGGUGCCGUAUGAUAGAAGCAGGUAAAUAGAAAAAGAAAAGAAAAGAAAACCCAACCCGGUGAACUCCAGUAACUUAACGAUAACAUAACACAAACAGGUGAUCCCUACCAAGCCUUCCAAGCCUUCACACAGGCAGACCAUCCCCCCUUCUCCCCUCAGGAAUACAGCGCGAGUACGAGUACCGUACUCGAGUACAGUACAGGUAAGCAGGGAAUGCCCCAAUUUAACUCCUUUACUUGUAUAGCCAUCCGCCCUCAGCCGCGUCUCUAACCCACCCAUCCCAUGCCUGUGCCCGACCGGGAGGAGAGCAGGAAGGGGCAAAAAUGGAAAGGGAUACCGUACAAGGUGUAGGGAGGAGGAGAAUAGAUAAAUACCUCCAUGUAUCCUCCCACCCCCAGAUUUUCCUCACCUACCCAUCCUACCCGUUUUAAUACCCUUUGUUUUCACUUCCAUCAUCACACUCACUCACCCACUCAUUCGCUAUCAGCCAUCGUUGUGUAAUUCGAUUUCCUAUCCCGCGAAUAAAAAUGAAGACCUCACUCAUCGCCUCCAUCCUCGGUGCUGCCGUCAUGGUCGUUGCCCAGGCUGAUUUGACGCAAUUGCCCACUUGUGCUGUAUGCUCCUCCUUCCUACGUUCGCGGAGAACGGAUUGUUAUUGACAAACUUUGAUGCCAGAUGAGUUGCGUAACGACUGCUAUGGCCAAAGUAAAUGACUGCUCAAACACCGACAUACCUUGCAUGUGCAAGAAUAGAGACUUCAUCACCGAGCUCACCAAUUGUCUCCCGACUGCCUGCACCAACCCUGACGAUAUCACCAGUAAGCUCCCCGCUCAGGUCAUUCCCUUUUCCAGUGAAGGAAGUUACUAACACGAUGGAACACAGAGUCAGUAGCUGUCGCCCAGACACUCUGCGGCAGCGACCUCCCCAGCGGUGCCAUUUCCUCUGUCCAAGCUGGCCCAACCGGAAAUGCUACUACCGGUACCUCCUCUGGAAAUGCUACCAAGACUUCAGGAUCCACUUCCGGUAGAGGCUCGGGCUCCGCUAGCUCCACGGGGGGAUCUGGAUCUGGAUCGGCCGGCUCGGGUGCAGGGAAUGUUCUUGUUCCUGGUGGCUUCGCUGCUGCCGCUAUUUUCGCCUGCUUGUUCGCUUUGUAAGGCUUUAAUUUGUAUGAACGGAUGAAUGGGUCGGGCGGGGAUGGGAUAAUUGGAUGUUAAUGGUUGGAGAGGGAAUGAGUUUAAAGAGGGUACCGGUAUUUCUUGAAGUGAUUUUUAAUGUAAAGUAUCGUACGAGAAUUGAUCCAUUGGCUCUUCUCCAGCUAGAAUGCCCCUCGUUUUCUGUCGUUUGGUCCGUGCUCCUUCAUACCCCCUGGGUGUUGAGGCACAGCUGGGGUGUUUCACGAUGGAGGAAUCCGUAGUACCGUAAAGUCCCCUACCUCUGCACCGUAACACUCAUCUGCCCCUCCCUCAUCAAUAGGGGGAGAAUCCAUAUCCCCCCCCCUUUACAAGUCACCGACUAGCUCACCUCGCUAGUAAAGCCCUUUCUUGAAAACCUAAGGAAAGAAGAAAAGAAAAAAAGGGAGCAUGGAAAUGAAAACUCUUCCUUUGUUUUUGCUGUGGUAGGACACUGAUGUCCUUGCCACUUUAUUUCUCUCUCCCUCUUUACAUGCGUUGCACCGCAGCCAUCGAAGUCCGAAACAAGACCCAGCACUAAUUUACCGGGCAUUCUCUCGAACAGUCGGUUAACGACGGAAGGUUUCAUUCCAUUCGUCUAAUCCGGGUCUCCACUACCGUCCUGUUAGCGGUUAUUGUCUUGAUGUUUGUUUUCACGGAAGGGAGGGAGGUAGACUAUGACGGUGUUUACCGUAAAUAC